CGGCUUGUCGUUGGCUAGUAGUAAAACCGAUAUCGUAAUUGUUAGACGGAGAAGUCUCGAUGUCAAAUUAGCGGCCAACGAAAGUGAAUUUAGUUCUUGUCCCUUCUUAUUACACUGUUUAUGUUUGUGCGCGGAUAAUAGUAAAUUAUUGUAAAGAUGAAGACUAUCGUUCUCGCUGUGGGUAUCUUGUUUCUGAUAGAAGGAGUACGAUGUUUCAUUAUACCUGACGAAAUACCGUCUUUACUUUCGGUGAUCUACUCUAACAUACCGAUCAUCAAGAAAGGGACGGACUCGAGAGUGGGCUGGGGAUUCAGGCUAGGAGACAGGGCCGAUUUCCAAUUCCUGGUCGAACUGGGACCUCAGAAAUACACCCAGGCCCUGGCCAACGAGCCGGACAAGACGGUGAGCAACAAGAGGAACACCCUCAACGACCUGGCCUCCCAGCUCUGGGCCCAGAGGCAGGAGGACAAGAGGAAACAGCAACAGAAGGAAACUCAGGGGAGUAAAGGCGGCGACGAAAGUUCGUGGCUUCAAAACUGGAGUUCCGCGACUAAGGACCAAUUGAACGAGGGGGCUAGGCCGGGCCUGGCGAUAGGCGAGAUAGACGCGAAAUCCGUCAUUCCUCCGGACGACGACAGAGAUGACGGUUCCAGGAGCCUCAAAAAUCCCGAAAACGACGAGAAAUCGACGAAUGAUUCGGAGAAUGACGUCAAAUGAACUUCCAGUACUAAAAACCUUAAUUUGUGGUGAUAUGUAAUUUGCUCAGUGUAAAUCCCAGUGUAUAAAUCGUAUUGUGAUAGUGGAGAUUGGAUUAAAUUAUUUAUUUAUA